AUGGACAAGUUGAAGGCACUUGGGAAGGAAGGAGGUGCCGAGGUUAUUCAGUUGCUGCUGGAAGCCGGAGCCGAUGUGAAUCUGGUCGAAUCGGACGGGAAUAACGCCCUCCAUCUAGCCGCGUACUGUGGGACGAUCGAGAUCGUGGAAUCACUGCUCGCCCAUGGUGCUGCGGUGGACGUGCUGGGACCGGAUGAUCGAACUGUUUUACAUGUGGCCGCAGCGGGCGACAAUCCGGAUGUCGUCCCCUCGCUAUGUCGCGCAGGCGUCGCGAUCAAUGCACUGGACGCGUCGGGAAACACGGCCCUUCAUUUGGCGGCCCUUCACGGACGUACUGCUCUCACCCGCUUGCUUCUGGAGAUGGGCGCAGACGUGUCCGUCUCGCCGGAGGAUGGACGAACGGCGCUGCAUUACGCUGCCUCAGUUGACCAGGCAGACCUCCUACAGCUGCUGGUGGAUGCUGGCGCCGAAGUAGGCGCCCUCCAUAGCGAUGAAGGUCAUACGGCGCUGCAUUAUGCCGCCGUUAAUGGAAGUGCCGACGCAUUUCGGGUGCUUCUACGCGCGGCCGAUGCCCAGAAGUUUGAUUUGCUCAGCCCAUGCUGCCAAGAGAGCGUUGCUAUCACAACACUAUCACAAUGGCUCAAUUCUAUGAAGUGCAUUUUGUCAUAG